AUGUUCCCUCGAAUCCUCCUAUCUGUCGUCUUCCUCUUCGGGUUAUUAGGCAGUGUCCUGUCAGCAGGCGAGCUUGGAAUUACACGGGACACCUCACUCGGCGCAGACGUGCAAGCCUACAACUCAAAGUGCACCUUUAUAACACAACCAAGCGACGCGGAAUUUUUGAAGAUGAUCGAAGCUGCUUUCCAGGAAAUGCAAGCUCUCCCCGGCACUAGGAAGGAAAAGGCAGGGCGUCCAGCCGCGAUGAUUGGGCUCUCUAUCGACAACGAAGUCUAUUUCUCUUCUUCCGUGAAGGGCAUGAAUGACAAUCCACUCAUCUAUCAAAAAGUGGCUUGGAGGGACGGCAAAGGCGAAUUAAAUCCUCAACUCGCAUCCGGACUCCAGGAGGUCACCGACGCUUUAACGGCUUGUUCCACCCCUGAGAACAAGCAGCACGGGAACCAGGCGUCUUGUGGCGAGCUCAUGUCCAGCCUUCUGUGGUUGGUCGACAACCAGGGUGAAAGCCUAGCAGCUCACCAUGCUAAGGUUGCUGCGUACUAUUCAAAGGGCUACCUUCCCCCUUGUCAUGCUAUAGAUGAAUCUGAUACUUCAAGUCAGAAAUGGGGAUGUUCUAGUUGGACCAGGAAAGUAGGCUUGGCCGUUGUGGGCAAGAUAGAAAGCCUUCCGGCUGAUUUUCCCAGGCCAGUGAGCACUCAGUCACUUAUGCUACAACAAUGCCUGGUUAAGGAAGUAAAGCAGGAUGAGACCGACCAAAAUCAACUACCCGGCCUGUGA